ACAGUAAAAAUUGACAGUUUCAUCAUCCAUCACAAAUUGGUUAGGUUUGCAAAAUAUUUUACUGAAAUUGAUUCAGUUUAUCCCUAAAAUAUUACUAUCUUAUGUGUUAUAUUGAAAAAUAAUUAAAUGGCAUCAUCUCGUAUGCAGGCUACUGUGCGACAGUUGUCUAAAACAUACAAGAAAAAAGGACGAUUUGAAUUGGGUAUAGCGUCUGAGUUGCCUGCUGCAUACAAGAAGUUUUGGCGCGAAUGGAAGGUUUUGAAACCUGCUGCUGUUCACUUUGUUCCUCAAGAAGGCAAAUGGAAGCGCGACGAGCUGACUGGCGAGACAUUGCCAAUACAAAACAUCCCUAUUCCUUUGAAACAUCCGGCUGAACUCCAUGACGGGAUUUGGGGAGGGGAAGCAGUUGUGAAAGGUUUUCAAAAGCGUGACCAACAUAGGCGUAGAGUGCCACACUACUGGGUACCAGUGCUAAAGAGAACUGUGGUCAAGUCUGAAGUUUUGAACACCCAUCUUUCAGUGACUGUCACUGAUCGGACAAUCAGGUUGAUCAAUGAUCAUUAUGGAUUUGAUCAUUACCUACUCAAGACACCUGCUUGUGAUUUAGUGUCAAUGUUAGCAUUGAAACUGAAAAAGCAAAUACUAACUGAAUUGAUGAAUGGAUGCCCGAGACAUGCAUAUGAUCCUCAGAAACAGAAAGAAGUGUAUGAAGAAUAUAAAACCUACUUGUCUUCAUACACACCUGAAGAAAUUGAUUGGUAUGGAUUAACGUGGUAUGAAGCUCUAUGUAAAGUUGCCAAACAAAAGGAGGCAGCCAACAGGCCAAUUCCUUUGAAAAAUGUUUAUAGAAAAAACCUGGUAGAGAAAUUAAAAGCUGCAGGCAUUGAAGGUCCCAAGAGCUCGGCAGAUGAAAUAUCCACUACCACAUCCUGGCUAUCGAAAAUGAAUCCAUUUGGCAAGAAGGAUGAAGCUUAGGGAAUGUAGAUUAGUAGAAAACAUUUUGAUUUGUAAAUUGUUUUGUUUAGACAAGAUGUAACAAUACAUUUGAAGUAGAUAGAUGUUUAUGGUUUA